UGGCUGGUCUCCUUUUUUUCUCUUCCCGGCUACCGUAGGAACAACAAAUGGGGUUGUCUGCCGGGCAUCUUCAUGCUGCCUUACAUUCACAACGGACUUGAUAACCGGACAAGUAGGUAGCGAACCUCCCUCUUGACACUCCAGUACUGUUUCCGUUAUGGAAUACCUACUUCAAGUCAAAGUCGGCGCUUUAUUUGGUUUGUUGCUCCUAACUCUCUUCUUCGGAUUCAUCCCCGCUCGAGUGAAGUGGUUCAGGCGCACAGACGGCACAGAGACUCACCGCACAGUUUUGAGUCUGGUCAGCUGUUUCGCCGGCGGAGUUUUUCUGGCAGCAUGUUUACUGGAUAUCAUUCCAGAUUACCUGUCGGACAUCAACAGUGUGCUGGAUUCUCGCAAGUUGGAGACCAACUUCCCCCUUCCAGAGUUCAUAAUGGCUGUCGGCUUCUUCACUGUCCUCAUAUUGGAACGGAUGGUUCUGAACUGUCGUGAGGCCAGAGCGACUGCAGACGAGAGGGCCCCCCUUAUACAGGGCACCGGGAGAGGCCACGGCCACACCGCGAGUCCGGAUCUGGAGAGCAGUGGCCACCACGUCCACGUCGACUUUCAGGCACACUCGCCUUUUCGCUCCUUCAUGCUCUUCCUCUCUUUGUCGCUUCACUCGAUUUUCGAGGGGCUCGCUAUCGGCCUGCAGAACACGGACUCAAAGGUGUUGGAAAUCUGCAUCGCUAUCCUGGUCCACAAGAGCGUCAUCGUGUUCAGCCUGUCAGUCAAGCUGGUCCAGAGCGCCAUCCGUCCGCUGUGGUUGGCCGCCUACAUCGGCGUGUUUGCCGUCAUGUCGCCUAUGGGCAUCGCCAUCGGCAUCAGCGUGAUGGAGGCCCAACUGGAGGCCGGGGCACUGAUCCAGUGCGUUCUGGAGGGCCUCGCAGCGGGCACGUUCAUCUACAUCACCUUUCUGGAGAUCCUCCCGCACGAGCUCAACUCCCCCGGGAAGCAGCUGCUCAAGGUGCUGUUCAUCCUGCUGGGCUUCAGCAUCAUGGGCGCCCUCACAUUUUUAGGCUGAGUCAUCAUAUUUCUACCCCUGGACCCUUUAUAAGGGAACACACUUAAGAAUGCCUGCUGUUUUAAACAUUUCACUGUCAUUUUUAAUAUAUUCGCAAAAAAACACAUGAUGUGAAAAUAUGUCUUAUUUUAGGAAGAUUUUAAAAGAAGACCUGUCACGUUUUUGACCUUUGACCUGACUAAAACACUGGAGUUAAGCAUACAUUAUAUAUCAUGCAAUCAGCAUUAAAGACCCCAUGAUUGUACUUUUUUUUUUUACCACCCAGACUUUUUAUGAUGUAGUCUCAAAAGUAUGAUACAAUAUACAGGUAAAACUGAAAAAAAUGUAAUAUCGUGCAAGGUUUGUUUAUACCAGCAAUUACAUUCAUAAUGUGAAACUAAUAUAUGACACAGGCUCAUAACAUGCAACUCGAUAUAUUUCAAGCCUUCUUUUGAUAGAAUUGUUAUUAUUAUGACUUACAGCUGAUAAAAACCUUGACUUGAACAUUUCAGAAAAUUUGGG